UCAUCACAACAUGCUCUGACCACCACACUGGGUUACAAUGGCCGGUGUCCAGUUACCACAGAUGCUGCUGUAUCUCACUGGUGACACUGGCAAAACAAGAUGUAGAUUUAAAGUCUCUGCAGGUCUUUCUGUCUUUCACUACACUUGUAUUCCUCAUGGGCAGCUACAGCUCAGCCCUGAUUCCUGACACUGAGGAGUUUGCCUCUAUUGCGUCUGCGGCGGAGAAGCUGAACGAGCAGAUAGCUGGUGCAGAUGAGAGGUUACAGUCAGAGCUUCAGACUCUGGGAAGUAUACAUUCUUAAUAAUAUAGUUAGAAUCACAUUAUUCACUUGAAUACUAUUGUAACUCAGCUCAUAAAUACAAAGAGUUUGUGGUCUGGUCUGUUUGUGUCCCAUCUCUCCUUGAGGUAAAUUUAACUUCUCGGAGCUGCCUCUGACACACACACACACACACAAGAACACAUAGCAGAGGAUUCUCACCCUGUAUUUAAUAUUAAUUUGACUUUACACUAGAAUAAAUUGUUUCUGACCUAAAGGCCAUUUUUAAGAAUUUCUUUGGGAAGCACCAAACUCUGGGAUAUUUGUUUUAUAUAUUUAGAGUAGACAAAGCACUUUAGAUGUAUCAGACGUCUCAAACUAGACUCAAUUUACAGGCAACACUCAUGACAAUGAUGGAGGAGAAAAGAAAAGAAAACCAGAGUGAAGAACCGGGUGCUUCAACGCUAAGAGAAAACAAUCAGGAAGCAAGUCACAAUGACUCUGCCCUGCCGGCAGCGGCACCAAAACCUGAGCCCACCCCGUCCUUCUCCUCUCUGUUACCACAGGCUCUCUCUGCUGUGCUGCCCCAGGGCCUCACAUCCGACCCCCGGCCGAGCAGAAGUCCACACACGUCACUGAACCUGGGGGAGCUGCAGACGGAGCUGAGGGACCUGAGGGACCAGUUUGAGCAGAUGAAGAGUCAGCACAACAAAGAAAUCAAACUGCUGAUGAACGAGCUGGAUGAGGAGAAAAAGAUCCGCUUGACUUUACAGAUGGAGAUUCAGCGUAUGAAGAAGCACAUGUCUAAAUGACUGAAAUCAACAUCAGAGACAUGAGAUCCUGAUUCGAUGCAAAGAACCAUGUUUAAAAAUCCUGUUGUGCACAUAUCUGAUAAAUAAUAUUUUUCUAUGUUUGAUUUAAAAAAAAAAAAAUCAUCAUUGCUCUUUUUUGAGGAAUAAAACGUAUAAAUAUUAUAUACACAUAUUUCAUAUAACAUUUUAUUUACUUUUUGUGAGACUGCUGAAUGGCCAAAAGGACUGAAUAUUUUUGUUUUUGUUUAUUAAAAAUUCUCAUUUACACAAAUAAAUAUGUCGUUGGAAGCAACGUGAAAUGU